CACGUGCUUGUUUUGCGCUUUGGUGUCGGUGCCGAUAUACCAUUAAAACUGUUCUAUAUAACUAAAACAUACAUACGAUAACGAUUUUAACCCUGCAAAUUUAUAUUUGAUCAACUAUGAUUAAGAAAUAUGGCCGAGGAAGAACUUGCUGCGUUCAGGGAGAGUUGGAAAGAAGAACUAACGAGUAAAAACGACGAGGAGCGACUUGUUUGUGCCCCUUCCUCGGAUGUUCCUAGUCAGUCAGGUCAGGGAGACUUGAGAAAAAGGUAUUUUGAAGACUCAAAAUAUCUCAACACAGCCGAUAGUACUUCAAAGCUAACAGAAAGGGAAUGCACUGAUGAUGCCUCAGAUACAGAGGAUCAGCCUGAGUAUGUGUCCAUUGCACGGAGUUUGCUGGAUGGGAGGACCAGUCCCCUGCUGGACAGGAUUCAGGAGGAGAGAACCAGGAGAAAGAGGCAGUAUCAAAACAUGACCAACGCCUGCAGCAAAUCCCUACAGCAAAAGCAACAGCAGCAGCCUCAGAGAAAAGUCAAGAAAGAAGAAGAGCUUUUGGAUCAACUUAUUCAGGACCUGAAUGAAGUCAACGACAUUCCCUUCUUUGAUAUCGAGCUGCCGUAUGAGUUAGCUCUGAAAAUAUUCCAAAAUCUCAACUGUACUGAGCUGGGCCGAUGUGCACAGGUGAGCAGGGCAUGGAGAGUCCUUGCAGAGGACGGCGUUCUGUGGUUCAAGAUGUGCAGAGGGGAGGGCUAUCAUCAGGAGGCCAGCGUGUCUGACUCCCCCUGCUGGAAGAGCACGCUGCGGGACUGCAGGAACUCGGCCAAGACCGUGCGCUCCAACUGGAAGGUGGGCUUGAGCUGCUCUGCUGCAGCCAAUCAGAAUCACACAAACUCAACACUGGCACUAGAGUUUGUCUGGGGAAAUAAGGGCACAAUUUAA